GUGUGUCGGUCGAAAAUUUUCUCCAAACGUAUUGAAAAACUCAUAUAUUUUUACGUAUUUCCAUACAAUUAGUGCUUCCCGUCUGCUAUCCCCAGAUAUUAAUAAUGAUAUAAUGCAUAACUUUUAGAGCUUAAUAUUCUGAGCCUACAAACUGCGUGUAAUGGCUCCUGGAAACAAUGAGCGGCAUCCAGGUCACACGGGCACCAUUCCGAAAACGAAAGCGAGAAACAAUUGCAAUGUGCCGCAGGAGGCUGUGACGCCGACCAGACGGGACAUGGCCACUAACCUGGUAUCGACCUCCCUUGACUGGGUGCCAGUUUCGGAAUACAACACUAGAGGUAACUAUAAUCAAUCAAGGAAACAGACAAACAACACUUCUGACCACGAAUUGACUGAUUUAGAUAAUUCCGUGUCAUACGAGAGUGGGUUCGGAAGGUACGUUCCGGUGAGACCUCAGCCUCGAGCCCUGCCAUUGAAUGUACAGAACCAGAAUAUAACUGCUGACACACAUGAUGAUGGUGCUGCGUCCACAGUGUCCGGUCACUCGUUGCAACCUUAUCCUCAUCAAAUGCAAAAUGGUCUCAUACCCCAUUCCAAUCAUGCAGCUGCUGCUGUAAUGAUUGUGAACCCUACAACACCCAAUGCCGUCACAGGAAAUAUGUCCCAACCUUUUAAUGCACCAAAUCAAAACAGAAACAAUUUGACAAGGAAUUUAAAUCCCGCCCGCAAUAACUUUGAGGGUGGCCACUCGAGCAACAACAAUACUACUCCACCCAUUUCUAAUUCUAGAACUGCUACUAAAACUGUUAACAUCAUGAACAAUAUGUAUGAUCAGGGUCAAGCCGGAUUCAACAAUCUUAAUGAAAAUAAUCAUGUACACAGAGAAUCAGCUCGUGCCCUAGGAGAAGCUAUAGUGGCGGCGUGCCCUGACGCAGCGGCAGUGGAGCGCCGACUGGGACAGAUCCGAGAGUACAUUCGCGUGACGUCAUCACUCGUCGAUACCAUGCGCAACUCAGAGGAUGAGGCAUACAUAGAGCACACAAAAGAAGAAUAUGAUGAGCUUGUGCAAAUGGUUAUGAAGUUAAAAGAAAGUGAAACUAAACUCGAAAGUAUGCUGGUUGAGAAAGGGCCUGACAAUAUAGAGGUACCAGCUGAAGAAACAGAAGUCACCACUGCUGAACCUGAACCUACUCAUGCAACUGAGCAUAAGUCUGAAACGACUCCUACGCCUGACAAAGUAUGCAACAUUAAAAACAAUAACGAUAACACUUCAGUCAACAACAACCUUAAAAAAGUUACUAACUUAGAAAAUGAACAGCUGAAUAAAACUCUACAUUGUUCCAAAGCUGAUGAGGUUCAAAUUUCACAUGACUAUGUACCAACUGCCGAUCCUGAACAACGUACAAAUACUGAGGUUUUGGAAAAUAUAGAAGAGAUCAAUGAGGACGAAGUUAGUGGCAAAGUUGAAAUAAAAGAAAUAGAAUCUACUCCUUACACAGAAGACACUAAGAAGGAUGACCACCUGAAUGAGGUUUUAAGAAAAAACAUUCUAUCUUGUGUAGAAAAAGUAGCGCUAAUUGCAGAAAUGAAAAAUAAAGCCAAAGAUCCUAGUAGCAUCGAAGAUCAGCAGGAUGUCGUUGUAAGGCCGGUUUCAGUCCAAAGUAAUGGUUCGGCAUACAGCGAAAAUGAGUUGUGGCAAAAUGAGAUAAAAAAUAAAAUGGAGAUGUCCCAAAUGCGGUUGACAGCCUUGAAGCAGCAGCAGAAGCGACUACUCAAGUACCAGGAGGAAGCCAAACAACAACUAGAUGAAAUGAACAGAGAGAGACAGUCUCAAGAAAUACAUCCGUCCACUUCUCACGAGAACUUCAGUAACAUGCCGAGUCAAUCAUACAGUAGCAACUACCAUCACCCGAACCGCAUGUACACGGCCAACCAGAUAGGCGUGGCGACUACUCUGCCUCACUCGGACAAUAUGCAUCACCAGAACCUGCCCAGCAACAUGGAGAACGAUCACUCUCACUCGGCGCACUCCGCUCACAGCCAGGAUGAGAGGUUCUCGCAUCGGGACGCCAAUAUUGCUAGCAGUGAGGAGGCGGCUGGCGGCGGUCGCGAGAGUGACGCGGAGGACGAGGACGAAGGUGUGCUCGGAGAGCGCGCGCGCAUGCUGCAGGCCAAGCUCCGCGAGCUGCAGCUCAAGAAGCAGCAUAUGGAGAGCUUGGUGACAGAGUUCCAGAAGCUUCAAAUGGCGACACGCGGGGGCAGCUCUCGUAACACGUACUCCAGCUCCGGAGAAGACAGCGGCGUCGAGGAAUCCACACGCAAGUUUUUAGGCAACAAAUCAGGUGGUAACAUCAAGAACGAGGAUCCAUUCAAGCUAAUGGAAAUAAAAGCUAUUAAGACGGCUCUACAGAAAACAAAAGCGGUGCUUGUUUCAGAUCUGAUGCGGUCCGUGGAGAACUAUGAAGCGGAACAACUCGCCCACGUGCCCGAUGAGGCUUUCCAAGUGGCUAACCAUUCAAACCUGCACGAUAAUAAGUCCGAAGGCGGCGGCAGUAUGGGUGGAUGGUCGAACGAAGGCAGCGUGUGUCGAGUCCGCAAUUCCUUGCCGCAACGACACAAGUUCACCAACGAGCAGCACUCCAUGCAACAACAGCAGCAUCAGCAACAGAGUCACGAAGCCAACAUCGCCACCUUGCAAGAGCUAGCACAGGAACUGCGUAUGGAAACUGAGAAGAUCAUGGGCGAACGAGCACGGAUCAAGGACAUGGUGUCUAAUAAAGAGGUGGGUCGUAAGCAGAAGAAGGUUAACGAGGAGGUGCGGCCGGGCCCGAGCGGCGCGCCCGGCCCGGCCGAGCGGCGGCAGAUGCAGCUGCGGGCGCUGCUGGCUGAGAAACAGAGGGAGCUGGAGGCGCUGCUCAACAAGGAGAAGGUUCUUUGUUCCGGACCUGAACCGCAGAAGCCUUCCUCGCGAACUGCAUCCAUUGCCAACCAAUCGUACACUAGUGAACAAGAAGAACCGGAUUCGCGAUCUGAACAAAUUCUGUUGGAGUCACAAAACUCUCGGGAGAAUGAAAACUUCAGGGCUGGCGGAGACAGCGCUUUAGGCACAAGGUCUGUCAACACGGUGCCAUCGCACUUGGGAAGUACUUAUGGAAGCGAUAGUGACAGUGCUUCAAGGAACAAGUCAAACCAGAGGAACCGCGUGCGGCGGCGACAACCACAGGAGAGGCAACCUGACGACAUCAAUACACCUCAACAAAACAAUUCCAAUCAAAACAUGCGGCACGAGUCGAGGGCUGAGGCGACUAACGUCAACAUGGUUCCUCCUAUUUCACACGGUGACAAUCCUGCCAACAUGCCGUACCCACACCUGCCACCUCCUUGCUGGAAUAGCAACAAAUCCAACCAGGACAUGCGCAAUCAGUUCACUCAGAACAGCCACUCGCAGACGAUGGAGCGCCUGCUCGGUACUCCGCAGAUGUCCUACCCGCCGUCCAUGCCCUACAACAUGAUGAUGCCCUAUGGCAUGGUGGGCGGGUGCGGCUGCGGCUGUGGGUUCUGGGGCGCGUGGUGCUGGCAGCAGAUCAUCAUGCAGCAGCGCGAGAUACACCAGCUGCGGGAACAACUCAACCAUUUGGAAGAACGCUGGCGUGUGGAGACCGCGUCACACACGCUCAACAACCAGGUGCCGCCCGGCAACAGAGCCAACAACUAUUGGGACAACUUUCGCAGCUACUCGCGCCAGAACCUGCUGUCGGGCAGCAGCAAGGCCAACUGCGCGGCGGCGGCGGGCUGCGGCGGGGGCGGGGCGGGUGGGGGCGCGGGCCCGCAGCCGCUGGCGGCGCGGCACAACGCGCUGCCGCGCGGCGCGGCGGGGGGCGCGGGCGGCGCGGCGGGCGGCGCGCGCAGCCCCGCGCCCGUCAAGCGCAACACGGAGCCCGCGCCCGCCGCGCCGCGCCGCAACCUGCCCCUUGAGCGCUCGCUGUCCUUCUCGUCGGCCCCCGACGUGCUCAACGUCAACCCCGGCGCCGACGACGCCGCCGCGCCGCCCGCCGCCGCCGACCUCUGCCCGCCCGUCGCCGACGUCAACCUCAACCGCCAGGAGCCCUUCCGUAACCUCAACGUCGCCGACCCGAUCCCCGAGAUCGUCCAGGCGCACUCGAACAACCUGAACGCCUCCGCCAACAUCAAGAGGAAGUCCUCCUCGAAACUCCCCGCGAAGAACUCCGCGAGCCGCCGGAACUACUCCCUGGACUACUCGACGACGAGCAACAUCAAUAUCGCGAGCGCCUCGGAGGCGCCGAACCCCAAUCUGGCGUCGACGAGCCGCGAGAUGCACGACAAGGCGACGUCGAAGUUGUUCGACCUCCUGAGGGAAAACGUGUACUCCGAGGUGUCGGCCCUGAUCGGCGUCAACGAGUCGCAUCCGGACUUUUUGAUCCAACUAUUCCGGGAGUUACAGUUGAUAAGCUCGGAUCCCCUGAGACAGAAAGUGCUCCAGUCGAUACGGAGCGUGCUGUCUCAGUACAGUUCUAUAAUUGAGAGUCAGAGCGAUGAAACGCACGAGGAGAGCCGAGCGGAAGCCGAAUCUACUACUAAUAACGAGACGAACAAUUACCGCGACUGUAACUCUAUUCAAGCCCCCUGCACGAGCACCGUGCAGAUUGACAACAAAAUAAUCAGAUUUUUAGUAAUGAAGAGUGAAGACGUUUUUACGUCUGAACUUUUAGAAUCUUUGGCUUCGCUCGUUGUCAGCGCAAGCGACAAUAGACAGUCUCCACAAGCUAAAAAGAGGCUUAUAGACUCGCUCGCUAAGUACGAAGGAACUAGAGUCUGUGACGUGUCGAGUGACAUCAUAGAGAAUCUCCCGGUCAUGAUUCCCGGGAACAACGAGGACGAAUCGGCGCAACUCACGAGCGAGAUAUCAGAGUCGUCGAUUUUGCAAGAUGUAGCAGGAUCGUUAAACUUGUUCAGUUCGAGUGACAGUCAGUUGCAUCAGUUGAACUCGUGUCCUUACGACAUGUGGCCGGGCCACGUGCAUAUGGACAUCGAUGGGCCGGAUGACAACAGUCCGCGGUCCAGCCAGGACGGCAAGGUUGAUCUCAUAAAUUGCUCGGAAAUCCACAACGGGGACCUGGCGGAGGCGGACCAGACGUGUCUCGCGGAGGGCGGCGAAGCGGGCGGCGCCGACCGCGCCAACGUCGGCGCCGACACACUGCCCGACGUCGUCGACACCGAGGAGGUCACGCCCACUGAGGCGGAAGCGGAAUGGCUCGGGCUUGACCGUGUGCCAACAAGGCUGCACAUGGAAGAGUCAUCUGGAAAACAAAAAGGUGAUGUUAGUAAAACAUACAAACUGACCAAAAACCCAAACUUCAAACAUAUUAGUUUGAUCAUUGUUUGAGUAUAUCCUGAAAAAGAACAUUCAUAUUAGAUCUUCAUCUGCUGAUCUGAAACAGACAAACAAAACACGACAAAUUAAUUUAAUGUUCCUUUUCUUUUUUCAGAUUAAGCGCCGAAGUUUGACGAAUUCCUAUUAAGAAUUUUGAACUAAUUUAAUCUUAUUAUUAUAAUUCAAUAUCCUUUACUGUGUCACUAUUUACUUUAUGUAAUAUUUAUUUAGUAUAAUAAAUAAUAAUAAAAGAAAA